ACUCGAAGGUCUCGGGGACAGCCGGAACCGCCGCUGCGCAUGCCCCGUCCCGCUUGAUCCGGAAGUGGUUCUUUUGUUUCGUGACACGUCGCACCGGAGGAGGGUGAGGGGCGGCAGCCGGGGGGAUUCUCUCAGCGCUGCGAGGAGGGGUUGCCAGAUAAUUUGCAAUGUCUGGGUUUGACAACUUCAAUACAGAUUUCUACCAAACAAGUUAUAGCAUUGAUGACCAGACACAUUCCUAUGAUUACAGUGGAAGUGGAGAACCAUACAAUAAACAAUAUAGUGGCUAUGACUACUCUCAGCAAAGUGGAUUUGUCCCUCCAGAGAUGAUGCAGCAACAGCAGCCUUACACAGGGCAGAUUUACCAGCCAACACAAACAUACACUCCAACUACAGCACAGUCUUUCUAUGGAAGCAAUUUUGAGGAUGAACCACCCUUACUAGAAGAAUUAGGGAUCAAUUUCGACCACAUCUGGCAGAAGACACUAACAGUGCUACACCCAUUAAAAGUAGCAGAUGGCAGCAUCAUGAAUGAGACUGAUUUGGCAGGACCAAUGGUCUUCUGUCUUGCCUUUGGAGCCACGUUAUUGCUGGUUGGUAAAAUUCAGUUUGGGUAUGUGUAUGGAAUUAGUGCAAUUGGAUGUUUAGGAAUGUUUUGCCUGCUGAACUUAAUGAGCAUGACGGGCGUCUCAUUUGGCUGUGUUGCUAGUGUCCUGGGAUACUGUCUUCUUCCUAUGAUCCUGCUUUCCAGUUUUGCAGUUAUAUUUUCUUUGCAGGGAAUGAUGGGAAUUAUUCUCACUGCUGGGAUUAUUGGAUGGUGCAGUUUUUCUGCUUCCAAAAUCUUCAUUUCUGCCUUAGCAAUGGAAGGACAACAGCUUCUAGUAGCAUAUCCCUGUGCUUUAUUAUAUGGAGUCUUUGCUCUUAUUUCUGUGUUUUGAACUGACUAUUCUGAUUACUGGACUUCAGUGGGCCAAACUGAAAAAAAAAAAUCAACUUGGAACACUUAAUUGGACCAGCAAAGAUCUACGUCGCUGCUAUCAUGCAAACUUAACUCUUGAAUUGUCUGAUGGAGCAAUGGAAACAAACAUGUCUCGUUCACUUUUAUAGGACUCUUGAAUACUGUUUGAAUUGACCUGCAGUGUCUAUAGCUUUAAGUGUUCAUGCUUAUACAGUUAAAAAUGUAAUGUUUCUUUACCAUUUCUACAGCCUUUAGAAAAGUAACUUCGGGGAGUUUUGGGAGGGUUGGGGGCGGGAGAAGUGGGGUUGUAGUUAUAUUUGGUAGGUUCUUAAUCAGCAAAAGUAAAUGAAACUACAGACAUUGCAGUCUUUAUUCAAAAAGAAAAACAAUCUUUGGCCAACCCAAUUCCUGUCACCUCUAUUGCAAAGAGUUUCUCAAGCAAGUUGAAAAUUGCAUAUUUUCUGUAUUUUAACAAAUACUCUUUAAGCUGUUAUUUAUACAAUGUGUUGGUAUUUCAGAAUUCAAUAUGCAAUUUAAAUUGUUUAAUUUGAAAACAAAUCCUUUAGUCAAAAGUAUACAAAUAAAUUUGAGACUUGAAA